UAUUAUUCAACAAACCUUCACUUCCUCAACAAACAAACACUCCAAAACCCAACUAUACAUAGAAUAGACACCAUGUCAAUGUCCCUCCAAAACAUCUGGCAUCUGCGCCGAGUAGCAGAUACAGCCGCCAAGGCAUGUUACAUUUGCUACAAGCCAUCGAGUAGUGUAUUAAUCACGCCUGAUAAUCGGGACUUCUUCUACGUCUGCCCCUCUCACCUCCAAGACCGCCACUUCUGCUCUCCUAUUGUCGAUACAGAGGCGGCGGCCGCCAAGGCCAAAGAAGAGGCUAUGGCGAAGGAGAUUGAGAGGGUGAAGAGGGAGUAUGAGGAGAAGCAGCAGCGGAAGAAGAAUAAGGACGCUGAGAAGGAGAAGGAUAAGAAGGAAGAUGAUAAAGAUAAAGAUGAUAAGUCUGCUACGAAGAAGGGGGAUGAGGAGGAUAAGAAAAUGCAAAAGGAACGGGAUGGCAAGAUCGAGAGUAUCAAGAAAUCGACCACCUCGUCGGAUGACUCGCCGAGGGUAUUUGCGUUGCAUAAGAACUUCUAUCAGAUGCGUAUUGACAGGAUGCGCAAUGCUGAGAUGGCUAGAAGGAAUCGUCAGCGUUUACAGGAUCCUUCUCUCUUCCCGUCUGUCCCGACUGGGGGGCUGUGAGCUUGAGUUUGGAGCUGCAAGAUGAUGAUGUUCUUGUGGAUGGAUGCGGGAAUGCUGACGACGUGGACGGACGCCUACAGUGUACCUUCUGGGUUGCCUGAGUCAGA